UUUUUUUUCUUUUGGUUUUCUUUCGUUCAAUUCAGACACUCACACUCUCUCCCUCAUCCAUCUCAACGCGUUGCAUCGAGCUGGCAAUUCUGUUCGCAGAACUUGCGCAGUUCGACGAAUCCAGCUUCACCAUCAUUCAACGUUGGAAGAAAACACAAAGUCUCAAAACCAAGGUUUGGUUCUCCAGAACCCGUUUCGAUUCCAUUCACGUUACCCCCAUUUAUGUGUGAAGAAGGGAGAAGAAGGGGUUCAAUUUUCUUGACAUUGUGAGAAUAUACACAUACACACACAUAUUAUAUAUAUAUAUAUAUAUAUAUAUUAAGAUGGCUCCAAAAAAUUCCGACGAGGACGAUGAUUCUCCUUCUCCAUCUACACCUCACAAAGAUAAAGAGAAAAAAAAGAGUCAUCAUAACAAGGAUUCAAAUGAUGAUAAGGAUUCAGAGGAUGAUAAGGACUCAGAGGAUGAUAAGGAUUCAGAUGAUGAUAAAGAUUCAGAUGAUGACAAGGAUUCAGCUCCAUCUAAAUCCUCAUCAUCAUCGUCAUCAUUAUCGCCACCAUCACCACCACUGUCACCAUCGCCUCCGCCUCCUGGAUUGGAGUAUUCACCACCACUAUCAUUGUUGUCAUCACCAUCGAAGCAUCCGCCACACCCACCAUCUAAAGAUUUAGAACCACCACCUCCACCAUCAUCAUCGAAGCAUCCGCCACCCCCACCAUCUAAAGAUUUAGAACCACCACCUCCACCACCAUCAUCGAAGCAUCCGCCACCCCCACCAUCUAAAGAUUUAGAACCACCACCUCCACCACCAUCAUCGAAGCAUCCGCCACCCCCACCAUCUAAAGAUUUAGAACCACCACCUCCACCACCAUCAUCGAAGCAUCCGCCACCCCCACCAUCUAAAGAUUUAGAACCACCACCUCCACCACCAUCAUCGAAGCAUCCGCCACCCCCACCAUCUAAAGAUUUAGAACCACCACCUCCACCACCAUCAUCGAAGCAUCCGCCACCCCCACCAUCUAAAGAUUUAGAACCACCACCUCCACCACCAUCAUCGAAGCAUCCGCCACCCCCACCAUCUAAAGAUUUAGAACCACCACCUCCACCACCAUCAUCGAAGCAUCCGCCACCCCCACCAUCUAAAGAUUUAGAACCACCACCUCCACCACCAUCAUCGAAGCAUCCGCCACCCCCACCAUCUAAAGAUUUAGAACCACCACCUCCACCACCAUCAUCGAAGCAUCCGCCACCCCCACCAUCUAAAGAUUUAGAACCACCACCUCCACCACCAUCAUCGAAGCAUCCGCCACCCCCACCAUCUAAAGAUUUAGAACCACCACCUCCACCACCAUCAUCGAAGCAUCCGCCACCCCCACCAUCUAAAGAUUUAGAACCACCACCUCCACCACCAUCAUCGAAGCAUCCGCCACCCCCACCAUCUAAAGAUUUAGAACCACCACCUCCACCACCAUCAUCGAAGCAUCCGCCACCCCCACCAUCUAAAGAUUUAGAACCACCACCUCCACCACCAUCAUCGAAGCAUCCGCCACCCCCACCAUCUAAAGAUUUAGAACCACCACCUCCACCACCAUCAUCGAAGCAUCCGCCACCCCCACCAUCUAAAGAUUUAGAACCACCACCUCCACCACCAUCAUCGAAGCAUCCGCCACCCCCACCAUCUAAAGAUUUAGAACCACCACCUCCACCACCAUCAUCGAAGCAUCCGCCACCCCCACCAUCUAAAGAUUUAGAACCACCACCUCCACCACCAUCAUCGAAGCAUCCGCCACCCCCACCAUCUAAAGAUUUAGAACCACCACCUCCACCACCAUCAUCGAAGCAUCCGCCACCCCCACCAUCUAAAGAUUUAGAACCACCACCUCCACCACCAUCAUCGAAGCAUCCGCCACCCCCACCAUCUAAAGAUUUAGAACCACCACCUCCACCACCAUCAUCGAAGCAUCCGCCACCCCCACCAUCUAAAGAUUUAGAACCACCACCUCCACCAUCACCAUCAUUGUCACCACCACCAUCACCACCGCCGUUGCGGCUACCGUUAUCGAUGCAGAAUGACAAUGCUUCCCCUCCUCCUCCUUAUUAUGCUCGCAAACAGUCACCACCACAGCUCCCUGCUGAUAGGCCUUCUUCGCGUGGUGUACCCUCCAAUGAUUCAGUGCCUGGAGCCUCCGAGAAGUCACAAUUAACGGGACCAGGUUUAUCGAGCCACCAAGCGAAGCAUGGUGAUGCUUCAUCCAAUGCAAACGCAAGUGCGGGUGGUUCUUCCCCUCCCAUAUCCUCUUCUGGUGAUAACUCCGCAAAAUAUGUUGGCUAUACACUCGCUGGGAUUUUCGCUGUUGCAUUGGUUGCUGUGGCUGUCACUCUUGUUUUCGCGUUCAAGAGGAGGAAACCAAGAGGGGAUGCCUACGGUGCACCCUACAUGCCACCCCUUAAUUUGCAGGUUAAAUCAGGUGCUAAUGGGCAUUACUAUGUACAGCAGCCUGGCAAGCCACCUUCCCUUGCAAACUUUGGAAAUGGGAACGUUAGCAUGAACAAUUUAGACUCACCUCAGCCCAAGAGUGCUAAGAUAGUUUUCACCUAUGACAUGGUUAUGGAGAUAACCAAUGCAUUUUCUAGUGAAAAUGUUAUAGGGGAAGGAGGGUUUGGGUGUGUUUACAAAGGUUCUUUGGCAAAUGGAAAAGCAGUUGCUGUUAAGCAGCUUAAGGUUGGCGGUGGUCAGGGAGAGAGGGAAUUCAAGGCUGAAGUGGAGAUCAUCAGCCGAGUUCAUCAUCGACAUUUGGUGUCAUUAGUUGGUUAUUGCACAUUUGAGCACCAAAGAAUUCUUAUCUAUGAGUACGUUCCUAAUGGAACACUCCAUGAUCACUUGCAUGGAAGUAGAAUGCAAGUGUUGGAUUGGGCCAAAAGACUAAAGAUUGCACUAGGCGCUGCAAAGGGUUUGGCAUAUCUGCAUGAGGAAUGCAGCCAAAAGAUUAUUCACAGAGAUAUUAAGUCCGCAAACAUACUUUUAGAUGAUGCUUAUGAGGCACAGGUUGCAGACUUUGGACUUGCAAGGCUAGCCGAUGCUGCCAAUAGCCAUGUAUCAACUAGGGUCAUGGGCACAUUUGGGUACAUGGCUCCAGAAUAUGCAACAAGUGGAAAAUUAACGGAUAGAUCAGAUGUUUAUUCAUUUGGGGUUGUCCUCCUUGAGCUUGUAACAGGAAGGAAACCUGUUGAUCAAACUCAGCCUUUGGGAGAUGAGAGUUUGGUUGAGUGGGCUCGUCCACUUCUCCUUCGUGCAAUUGAGACACGUGAUUUUAGGGAACUAACAGACCCAAGACUCGAAAAACGCUUUGUGGAGAGUGAAAUGUUCAGAAUGAUUGAGGCAGCUGCAGCUUGUGUUCGCCACUCAGCUCCUAGACGGCCUCGUAUGGUUCAGGUGGUACGAGUCUUGGAUUGUGCAGACGAAGCAUCUGAUCUAUCUAAUGGUGUGAAAUAUGGUCAGAGCAUGGUUUAUAAUUCCGGACAAUAUGAUAAAGAAAUUAUGUUAUUCAGAAGGAUGGCCAAUGGCACAUUUGUUGAUUCUGAUUUUGAUACGUAUACCAGAGAAUACAAUUUUUCAAGUGAGAUAUCAAGAGGAUCCCAAAUUGAAUUGUUGUCGAAUAGUUCUAGUGGUGAGUCAGAAACUAGAGCUAUUAACAUGCAAAUGAGCAGUACGGAAUGAAAACAAGGGAUUGAGAGAAAUCACACAUAGCAUCGCAGCAGUGACCAAUGACAUAGACAUAAUGGAGUUAGAGGCUGCUGCUUUUAGCCCAAUUCCUAAUGUACCAUGACAUUGCAUAACCAUCAUAGAGCAAGCCAUGAAUGUUAUGUUUCUGGUUUUACAAGGAUUAGAACUAUGGCCUGUAUCCAAUUCUGUAUAAAAGCUUCACUCAAUCCUUUUCUCUCUCUCUCUCUCUCUUUUUUUCUUUCUUUCCACCCCCCCC